AUGGACCUGGUAUGUCGUGGGAUAGUGUUCCUAGGAAUGAUCCGCCAUUCCUCGUGGAGUGCCUGCUCAAGUUCUGCCAAAGUUGUUGUUUUUUCAACGUGGUCAAACUGUUCGGAGGAGUGUGGUGGAGGUAGGCAGUUUCGGCACUGCGUUCACAAUUGUCCAGACGAGCACAUGCCUGAGGAAGAGCAAGAUUGUAACACACAACCAUGUCCUACAUCAACUGUGGAUGGUUCUUGGAGUGAAUGGGGGAGUUGGGGUCAAUGUUCGGCUACCUGUGGACCUGGACAUCAUACCCGAACCCGUGUCUGUAACAACCCUAAACCACAACAUGGAGGCCAACAAUGCAGUGGACAUCAUGAAAACACAGGAUCUUGUAAUUACAAGUGUCCAAUUGAUGGAGGAUGGAGUGAAUGGUCUAAUUGGUCUUCGUGUUCAGCUUCCUGUGGCACAGGAAGACAUUCCCGGCAUCGAUUCUGUAACAAUCCUGUACCAAAAAAUGGCGGUCGCACCUGUCAUGGUCACGCGUCAAACAAAUCCUCAUGUACCACUUCGUGUCCACCUGUCGUGAAUGGAGCAUGGGGUCAAUGGUCGAGUUGGUCUCCAUGUUCGGUAACUUGUGGAACAGGACAUCGAACUCGAACCCACGUCUGUGACAAUCCUAAACCACAAAAUGGAGGUCAUCAGUGCCAUGGACACAAUUUGGAUAGACAAUCGUGUACUAACCAUUGUGAAACCGUAGACGGGGCGUGGGGCGAGUGGACGGCCUGGUCUUCGUGUUUUGGUACAUGUGGUAAAGGUCUUCAGACCCGAGGUCAUGUCUGUGAUAGUCCAGCACCACAGCAUGGAGGUGAAAUAUGCCAUGGAAAUCAUAUGGAGACCAGGACUUGCAUUCACGAUAUAGACUGUACAAAUUCAACAGUGCAUCAAUGCGACAAGCUGUCUGUUCUGCACGCGCUGGCGGAAAUUGACACUACUUCGAAGGUUAUGUGUUUAGAUAAUUGGACGACAGAGACCGAAGGAUUCCUGAUGGAAAACUGUAAUGCUCCGCACGAUACAACAAACUGGCAUACAGGAACUCAGGUAUUAAAAGCCUGCCAGAACAUGUCAAGUCACGCUUACCUACCCGUCGGUACCUUUGAAGAGUUUCAUUAUGGACACCAUAAUGUUUCUGGAUUCUCCGGGAUAUUUGUUGGAUGUAACGAUCAACACACAGGGUUCAAGUAUUUGUUUCUGUGUUUACCACUUCCGCCCUCCUACAACCAUACCUCUACUGGAAUAAUACCAAACGACCCGUCUGUGUACCACUUUAUCAAAUGGUUCUAA